CGCGCGUUUUGGUAAUUAGAUAAACGAGCAACGUUCGUAUUUCGUAUUAAGACUAUCUCGUACGCUGUGCGGUGGUGUCUGUAUUUGGACUCAGUUGGAAAUGUUAAGCGGAAAGGUUUUUGCUUGUAUAGUUUUAGUGACUGUAUGGAUAAAAGCCGACUGCGCCAGUCUACCGUUCAUUCCAACGAGAUUGGGGAGCGUCAAAGAAGUCAGCGCACCGGAUAUGAGAGCCCCGGGUGAGCUGGUCCGAGCGAGGGUCCGCGAGGGGGUGCCGCCGCCGCUGUGUGCAGGGCGGUGCGUGGCCCCGCCGGCAGGACCAGUAUGCGCCUUUGAUGCAGCCGGAACGGCGAGGACAUUCGCUACUCUAUGUGAACUCGAGGCUGUUUCGUGUCGCGAAAGCACGUAUUACGCCGUCACAAGUUUGGGAGUUUGCUGAAUAAUUUAGAAAUUAAGAAAAUAUGAUUAAGUUUUAGUGCCAUUUUUAUGGAACUUAUAUUUGUAAGCCCAUCUAAUAUUACGAUAGAUCAUUUACAUUAGUUAAUUGGCAACGUACUCAAUGGAAAAAAUUUAUUUGUGUUUUACGUAAUUUUAGGGAUAAAUAAUUUUAAUCAGUAUAUAUUUGCACACGUCGCGUCUUUCGUAAUAAUUUGAUGACAAUACUCAUUUGUUUACAUAGUUCCUAAAUUAGCAGGUCACCAUUAUUGUAUCUUCUUCAAAUGUUAAAUUACAUACUUAAUGUUUGUUUGGUGAUUGUUUACAAUAUGACCACUCAUGUGCAUGCAUGAAUAAAUUGGAAUACCUACGUUUAAAAUCAAACGCUUUCCUUUAUCUAUGGUGUAAAACCUCUAAUUUUAAGGUUUUGAUAAGUUUUGGUAAGAUUUAUUAUAUUAAGUAUUCAUUUUGAUAAGUACAUUAUGAUAUGUGUAACUGUUUAAUUACACGUAAUAAAUUAAUGAAAUUAUGACAAUGACAAUAAAUAAAGUUCUGUAGUAAUAAAA